AAGCGAGAGGAACGGGAGAAAAAGAGUAUGAACAUGAGUGGGGAACAAGCAAAAGCGGGAACAGGAGCAAAGUGGAGGAAAGCAAGAACGGGUGAAAAAGAAACAGAAUGGGUAUGGAGCAAGAGCGAGGGAACGGAAUUGAGCGAGGGAACGGAAUCGAGCAAAGGAAUGGGAUCGAGCGAAGGAACGGGAUCAAGAGAGGGAACGGGAUCAAGAGAGGGAACGGAAUCAAGAGAGGGAACAGGAUUAAGAGAGGGAAUGGGAUCAAGAGUAGGGGUGGGACCAAGAGUGGGAACGGGAUCAAGAAUGGGAGCGGGAUCAAGAAUGGAAAUAGAAGUGAGGGAAACGGGAGAAAAAGAGUAUGAACAUGAGCGGGGAACAAGUGAAAGUGGGAACGGGAGCAAAGUGGAGGAAAGCAAGAAUGGGCGAAAAAGAAACGGAAUGGGAUCAAGCGAAGGAACGGGAUCAAGAGAAAGAACAGGAUCAAGAGAGGGAACGGGAUCAAGAGAGGGAAUGGGAUCAAGAGAGGGAAUGGGAUCAAGAGAGGGAACGGGAUCAAGAGAGGGAAUGGGAUCAAGAGUAGGGGCGGGAUCAAGAAUGGGAGUGGGAUCAAGAAUAGAAAUAGAAGCGAGGGGAAUGAGAGAAAAAGAAAGGGAAAGG